AUGGUUAGGCUCUGUGCUUUCCUGAUGGCCCUGGUAGCGAUGAACUACUGGUCAACCUGCUCUCUAGGAUGUGACCUGCCUCAGACUCAAAACCUCAGGAACAAGAGAGCUUUGACACUCCUGAAACAAAUGAGGAGGCUCUCUCCUGUCUCCUGCCUAAAGGACAGAAAGGACUUUGGAUUCUCCUUGGAGAAGGUGAAUGCCCAGCAGAUGCAGAACAUUCAAGCCAUCCCUGUUCUCCAUGAGCUGAUCCAGCAGGUCCUGAACCUCUUCAGCUCAAAGGACUCAUCUGCUGCUUGGGAUGCAACCCUCCUAGACUCAUUCUGCAAUGGCCUCCAUCAGCAGCUCAAUGUCCUGCAAGGCUGUCUGAUGCAACAGGUCAGGGCGCAGGAGCCUUCCUUGACUCCAGAAGACUCCCUGCUGGCUGUGAGGAAAUACUUCCACAGGAUCACUGUGUACCUGAGAGAGAAGAAACGCAGCCCUUGUGCCUGGGAGGUGGUCAGAGCAGAAGUCUGGAGAGCCCUGUCUUCCUCAGCCAACUUGCUGGCAAGACUGAGUGAGGAGAAGGAGUGA